AUGACGGACGUAAAGUCCAGUAAUCUGUUACAAUCUGUUACAGAGACUUGUGAGCGAAAGGUAACUGCCUACAAAUCGAAAUCGUCGCCAAGGACGGAAAUGAAUCCAUCAGCCAAGCGACAAAGAGAAGAAGAUGAUGAUGAUUCCACCUCGGAAUGUGAAUCUCAGCCACGAAAAGCACCGUCUCCUGUACAUUACCAAGAUACAACUUUUAGUGAUAAAAAUGCAAUGUAUUAUAGUUUUUCUUCUUCGCCAUCGUCGAAAGACAAACCUCCUGAGUCUAUACAAAUGAAUCCUGUCCAACAACGACUUAAGCAGGUCUCAGUAGAACUUCAAUUUGACGAUGAAGAUGAACGGAAACGAAAAUUAGCAGCGGCAAAAGAAGUUCUUUUUCCACAUGCGCUUGCCACAUCUUUCAAUGAAGUUGCAGACACAUUACGAAAUGAACGACGACAAGAAUUUUGUCCGAUCUACAAAGACGAAACAUCCGAACAGGUUGCUUUACGUCUAGCAAAAAGAAAACCGGUCGGAAACUUACUAGCGAAACGCAUACGUUGGGACGAAUUAAAACGUCGACGAGAGGAAGAAGAACGCAAAGCACAAAUGUUCUCCUACUCUGGACCUUAUGGGUCUGUCUAUGACAAUCAAUCGUCAUUCAGUAAUCCCUAUGAACAACACUAUGCCACAAUACAAAAUCAAUAUGAUAUGAUGGCCAAGAUGAAUCACGCUCAGCAAGAAUAUAGCGGAUUCUGGCCGGAAUAUCAGCAGAAAUACUACCAGAAUAACGAUCAAGUGGUGCAAAACUCUGUUCAGUAUCAAGUACCGCCUUAUACAUAUCCGUAUUCAUCGAUGAAUGCUAAUUUUUCAUCGGCUGAUUAUUAUUAUCUGCAGCAACAACCACCACCUCCACCGCCAGACGGACCUUAG